UUAACUUCACAUUUUCUCACUCAAAUCCUUUAUUUUGUGUCUUUUAACCUCUGUUGGAUAAAUAAAAAUUCUGUGCUUAAAAAUAUUUUCUUUCCCCCAAGUUUCCAAAAUUCUCACACACAUAAAAUCUUUCAAAAAAAAUUUUUUUUUUAUUCAUUCAAGUGCCCCCAUUUUUAUUUAUUUAUUAUUUACACGCGCAAACAACAAGAUACUUGGGUAUUAAAACUAAAAAGAUUAGCUUAAACAAAAACAAAACUGUUGAGAGGGGAGAGUCUUGGAAAAAUCCUGUAGAGAAAGUUGAUAAUUUAGGCGAUUUAGAAGGGAUACUAGUAUUUAUGAGAGACUCUUAAUCCAUCCAAAUCCAUUUAAUCUCUGUCUCUUAUCAUAUCACACUCAUAUAUUAUCUUAUUAAUACCGCAAAUCACUAAUAUCCCCAGCCUCUCCGAAAAAUUUGGCUUCAUGUUCAAAUUUUUAACUGACCCGACCCGAAACCCGACCCGAGACCCGAAACCCGGAUUUUUUUUCGACCCGAAACCCGAAACCCGAUCCGAAGAAAAUUUUGAAAACCCGACCCGAAACCCGACCCGACUUUUUUCUCAACCCGAGACAUCCCUGAUACUAAUCCUAGAAAGGUGGCCAUAUCAAAAAAGAGAGUCUUACUAUUCGAAGGAACGCUCUAGCAUUUAG